CUCCGAGACAGCGUGAGAGACAAUGGCGGACACAACAGGGAACCAUGGCGUUGAGGUUAUUGCGAGGGCGCUUGUUUCCAUUUGUGCGUGCCCAUUAUUCGCUUGAGACGGAAGAGCAGGCGACUGUGGAUGCGCCGAGGCAGUGUGUGACUUGCCUAGACCUUGCUAGCGUGCCAGACAAGGAUGGAAAACUAGUAAACCAGUCGUGCACGCGAAAUGCAUUCCUCCCCACUAGCCUCCCAGUCCUCCCAGGGAAGUCGAACCCAGCGCUGGAAGUCUAGCCCCAGUCUCAGAGAAUAAUUGUCCAUCCUUCAGGUCAUUGUUUGAACGUGCAACCGUACUGGUAUCUCUUCGUCGGCUUCUGCCCGUUGCCCAUCGUUCUCCCUCUCCUCUAUUUGCCUUCUUCUCCGUUCAUCCCCUCUUUUCCUUCUGCUCCUUACCCUUCCAGUCGAUGCAAUCGCAGGUCACAAAGAACCCAGAGAAGGAUACGCUGGUCUAUUGGUACGGCGAUGGCUGCGGGUUUUGCCAGCAGUUCAAGAAGGAGUACAAGCAGCUCGCUGCUCGGUUGAGGCACGUGAAAUCCUUGGAGAUCACGUGGAUCGACGCCUCCCGCAACGGCGUCGCGCAGCCGAAGCGCUUCCCAACCGUCGCCUUGUUCCCAGCGCGCGGCAAGGAGGUGCCCGCGAGCAGGCAGGUGCCCUUCCUGAACGACCAGCGGCUCCAGGCCGCGGAGUUCAUGGGCGACAUCCUCAAGGGCGAACAGACCAUCGGAGCCAUGAUCUCCUGGCUGCACCAGGAGGCCACCAUACCGUUCGAGGACGAGCCCUUGGCCCCGGCGGAAGACGAGGAGCCCGUCUCCAUGCUGGACAUCCGGCCGAGCCGGGAGACGGCCAUGUCGGUGUACCUCUGACCAGCCGCGCCCACGGCCACGCCGACCGCCCUGUUUCGACAGAGCCUUGGGUGUGCGCAGCAUGUCGCCCUUGCCUCCUCCAUGCCCAGAUCUCCGACGAUUUGAACGCCUGAGCUUGGCCACCUCUCCUUGCUGCAGCCCUCGCUAGCCUUGACUCUGUCGCAGGCCCAUGCGGCGCGCGUCUAUCCACCUUGACUCUGUCGCAGGCCCAUGCGGCGCGCGUCUAUCCAGCGGGCGCUUCAGCAGCGAAUGGGGAUACAUGUGGUCGUUCAUGCUGAGGGGGCCUGGAAGCAUGACUGGUUUGCGUAGAUUCUGCUUUGGUGGUUCAUUUCCCUCCUUGCCGUUCCCUCCCUCUCUCCCUCCU